AUGGCAUUUGUGUUUCAUGUUGAGUUUGGGAUGAAUGAUACAGCAUUAACCCGAGCUUUAGAAGAUGGAAAUUAUGCGACUGCUGAGCGCCUGAUACUGGAAUGUCCGAAUGCUUCUUAUCUGGACGAUGGUUGCUAUCAGAGAACACCAUUGUACAUUUGUCUGUGUGGUGUUGAUGAAUACCAUGAGAGAGUUGCAGUUCGAAACUUCCAUUUGGCCCGACUUUUGAUUGAACGGGGAGCAAAUGUCAAUCAUCGAGUGCCUGUGACCAACUUUGGAUCAGAGUAUAUCAGCCCCGGCAAGUCCAGCUUGGAACUGUUGAUUGAUUUCUACAUUGAACUGACCAGAAAGUCUGCAACAGAAGAGACCUGCCACACCCACCAGAGAACCUGGAACCCGAUGACUGAAUUAAUUGUGGGGUUGAAUAGACAACCUCUAUUGACCAGAGAAGAUGUGAAAUCAGAUGUUCAGGCUUUGGUGUUCAACAUCAUCAGGCAUGGGGGCAAUGUGAAUGUCCUGGAUGAGAGCCGAUCAACGGUUUUCCACCGAGUGACCAAAUUCAGCCACGACCUCUCCAUGCUGAAGUUGCUCUAUGACAAUGGAGCUAGUGCCAGUUUGGUAGAUGCCUCUGGGAACACUCCUCUUCUAGCACUCUGCAAUGUGGCAUCUGUGCUGGAUAGUGAUAGCUAUGAUGCCUCACCGAAUAGUGAGAGUGAUAUUCUGCAGAAAGAUCUACAUGAAGAUAGCUGGAAGACCAGGUUGAAAGUGAAGACAGAUUUUCUGCAGUACCUGCUAAAGAUAAAGGAUACAAAUAUAAAUCAGCAGAACAAUCAAGGCCAGACGGCAUUGUUCCACAGUGUGCUCCGAGAAGACCUCACCAGUGCCAGCAUGCUGCUGGAGGCUGGAGCUGAUCCUGCAAUCCAAGGCUAUGUCUGGGAGUCCAGACGCAAAAAACGAAAAUUUUCCCCAUUGUUCGCAUCCUUCAUGUCCGUGUCACUUCAGCGUUCCUUGCGGCACUCUAGUUUGUAUGAGCAAGCGACCAGGGCACCUCAACCCAUAUCAUGCUUGGUGGAUGCUGGUCACUUCACAACCAAAGAAGUCAUCAAAGAGCUUUCUGAUUUGAUCAGGCACGAUUUUCCAGAGUUUUCUCAUCUCUGUCCGGUGGCCAAUACUCUGCUGCAUUUGAUGUUUGGUUAUAAGAGUGCCUCGUUAAAACAGCUGGCAGCUCGGAAGGUCUUUCAGUUGAGCCUCAUUGACAGCACGGCUUGUCUACACAACAUCUUGCCAGUGUCAUCCAUUCAAGAAAACUUCAGAGCAGAAGAUCUUUUGUCUGGCGCUCGCAAAUAUGAAGAAUAUAUCACCUUGGUGCUUAACUGUACGGUCCUACGUCGGCUUGUCCAGCUGAUCCAGCUACCUCAGACACUGCUCAUUCACCUUGAGGCUCAGCUGCUGUAUCUUCGCAUGUCGCUGAAGUUCUGCUCACUUCAGGCCCAUCGAUCCAUGUAUUCAGGAUUCAGUCUCAGUCUGUUCGAUGCUGUUAAUGGGGAAGAAAAUGCUUUAAGCGCCGAUGAUGAUGAUGGAAGUGAUUCUACAAACAGCAGUUACGAUUCAUCAACAGAGGAAGAUGAAGGAGGGGAUUCUGAUUUAGAAUACUGGUGA